AUGGGCGACCCGCAGUUCGCUCAGUACCCGGACCUGCAGCUGGCCCAGCAUGUCUUCCAGCUCACCAAUCCCUCGGCCAGCAAGCCGGCCAAGCAGGCGUCGCUCAAGACGGUCCAGGACGCCAUCCAGGCCGGCAACAUGGCUCCGCUCUACCGCUACCUCGCCCACCCCACCGACGGCGUCCUGAAUGCCCCCGGCGAAGGCUCCGCCGACCAGCCCACGUCCCACCGCCGCCCCUCGGCCAGCAUAACCAGCAUGCUCGCCACACGGAAUCCAGAGCUCGACGCCCCGCUGACCUGGGACGAGAAGCUGUACGACCGCCUCAAGGCCGACAACGACAGGGAGCUGGAGGCUAUCCAGAAGGAGGAGGACGAGGCCGCCGAGAAGGCCGGCGACACCGAAGUCCAGGCCGCGCGGGGCAAGCGCGCCGAGCUGUACAACCGCAUCGGCGACAAGGACAAAGCCAUCGCCAGCUACGAGGCCAUCUUCGACAAGACGGGCAUCCUCGGCACCAAGAUCGACCUCGUCCUCGCCAUAAUACGCGUCGCCCUUUUCUUCGGCGACAAGAUGCUGGCCAAGAAGUCGAUUGCGCGCGCCACCGCCCUCGUCGAGAGCGGCGGCGACUGGGACCGCAGGAACCGCCUCAAGGCCUACACGGGCCUGCACCUGCUCACCGUGCGCUCACACGCCCAGGCCGCGCCCCUGCUGCUCGACAGCCUGUCCACAUUCACCAGCUACGAGCUGUGCAGCUACUCCAGCCUCGUCGUCUACGCCAUCCUCGCCGGCUCCUCGUCGCUGAAGCGCGUCGACUUCAAGUCCAAGGUCGUCGAUGCCCCCGAGAUCAAGGCCAUUGUCGGCAGCGGAGAGGAGAAGCUCUCGGCCAUUACAGGGCACACCUCGGCCGGGCCCGGCGCUGGCGACGAGGACAUGCCGGACGCAUCGACACAGACGGCGACACCAGCACCGGCGGCCGUCAACCUGACAACGCUCGGCGGCCAGCAGGACAAGGAGGUGCCCAUUGACUUCUCGCCGCUGUCCAAGCUCGUCAAGAGCCUGUACGAGGGCAACUACAAGAGCUUCUUCGCCGCCCUGGGCGAGGUCGAGGUCAGCUUCCUCAGCCAGGACCGGUACCUGUACGAGCACCGCGGCUGGUACGUGCGCGAGAUGCGUCUGCGGGGCUACCAGCAGCUGCUGCAGUCUUAUCGCGUGGUUGGGCUGCAGAGCAUGGCCAACGACUUUGGCGUCACGAUUGACUUUUUGGACAAGGACCUCGCCAAGUUCAUCGCCGCCGACCGCAUCCCGUGUACGAUCGACCGCGUCAAGGGCAUCAUCGAGACGAACCGGCCCGACGACAAGAACAAGCAGUACGUGGACGUGGUCAAGCAGGGCGACCAGCUGAUUACGAAGCUGCAAAAGUACGGCCAGGCCGUGAGGCUGAGAGGGAGCGAGCGCGGAUAG